AUGCUCUUUUCGAUCAAUCAUAAUCGCAGUCGUUUAUGGCAUAAACAAAUCGUGCGAUCACACCUACGAUGGCAUCAUGUUGCCUCAAUCAAACCGAUCAAGGGUACUAUCAGUCUCCGUAAAGAAAACGAUCUUCAUACAGCUAGCUAUUAUUUUGAGAAUGGUCUUCGAAAAGUAAAGCCUUAUUAUUUCCAUUUUCGUGCGUAUGCUAAAGAACGUAUGUUUAAUUCAACUGUCUUACAAGUCUUUUUGAAUGAAUAUCGAGGACGAUCCGAACAAUACUAUCGAUUUGCUAUAGAGAAAGGGCUGAUUACAGUCAAUCAUAAAAAGACAACACCUGAUACACUCUUGAAAAGACAAGAUUUGAUAAGUCAUGUAGUGCAUCGACAUGAACCACCUGUCACUGAUCAGCCGAUACGUAUUAUUUAUGAAGACGAUCAAUUGCUGGUGAUCAACAAGCCUGGCAGUAUACAAGUCCAUCCAAGUGGGAGAUAUAGGCAUAAUACAGUAUUACAUAUCUUAAGAAAAGAAUAUGGUUACGAUAGACUGUUUCCCUCCAAUCGCUUAGACAGAAUUACAUCUGGCUUGAUGUUAAUAUGUAAGAACCCAGUCAUGGCCAAUGAUAUCGGGUUACAAAUGAGAUCAGGCGAGAUCCAAAAAGAAUACAUUUGUCGAGUUUCUGGUGAAUUUCCAAGAGAACGCAUUGUGUGCCGUGAACCGAUCAAGACACUCUCUUACACAGUCUCAUUAAACUAUGUACAUCCACAAGGCAAAUCUUGUGCGACUAUCUUUGAGCGAGUGAGUUACAAUGGCCGCACCAGUCUUGUUCGAUGUAAACCACUCAGUGGUAGAACACAUCAAAUCAGAGUGCAUUUGCGCUAUCUGGGUUAUCCAAUUGCGAAUGAUCCCAUUUAUAGCUAUGCAACCGCAUGGUCAGAUCGAAUGUUGUUAUUGUCACCAUUAAAAGAGACAGAGAGUAUUCUAAAUACUAUGGUGAAGACAGCGCCUUAUGAUUAUAUGGACGAUGACCCACUCAACAAGACAGGUUUGCCUCGCUGCGAUGUCUGCCAAGUGCCUAUUAUCCAGACAGACCCACAGCCUACCCAAUUGGCUCUGUGGUUGCAUGCGUACAAAUAUUCAGGGAAACAAUGGUCGUUUGAAACGCCUCAUUUACCUGCAUGGGCAAACGAAUCAUUUACGGACGAUACUGUGAUCAUCCCUGCUACGUUUUAA